AAAAAAAUUGUUAAAAUACAUAUUUUUAAACAAAGUGAAUAAAUAUGAUAAAAAUCAGUAAACAUUCUGUUAGUAGUGUUCAAAAGUUGGUUUAAUACAAAGUGUGUUGAAUAAUCUUGCCAAAAUCAAAUGGACUCUUCAAACAACAACAGCUAUGAAACAAAUUUCGGCUUAGAAGUAUUUACAAAUCUGCAAACAUCGGAAACUGCUGCUGAAGGCAAUAUCUGCAUAUCACCUUUUUUGCUGGAGGCUCUUCUCUCCCUAGUUUAUUUAGGAUCUGAUGGAAAAACCGCAGAAGAAUUAAAGGCUAAACUACAACUCCAUCGUUUUCAUAAUGGCAAAAUGGCCAAUUAUUUUGCCGGCAUUUAGCCAUAGUAACACAAGACUCAAUAGACACCAAUUGGAAAUAUGUUCCAGAUUCUUAUCAAUGACAGUUAUGAAGUGGAUGCACAAUUUAAGAACAUUGGAAAUUACUUUUUAACUUUAACCGAUUUAGUUAAAUUUGAAAAUCGGGAAGAAGUGUUAAGUUAUAAGAACUGCAGUGGAGAAAUGUUUAAAAAGAGUGUAGCAGAUAUAAGUUUAAAAGAUAAUGCCUUGGCUUUGUUGUUGUUGGCGGCAAAUUUCAAAAUAAAUGGUUUACCGUUUAGUGCUUAUCGCUCGGGUUUAUAUGAUUUCCAUAUAGCAGCAGAUUGUAUCAAAUCUAUACCCAUGAUGUUGGACAAUGAAAUGAUGUGCAAGUUUGUAGAACUUAAAGAAUUGGAUGCCCGAGUAGUGGAAUUGCCGUAUGAACACGAUGAUGAACUGUCGAUGUUAUUGAUUUUGCCCAAUAAACGUGAUGGUUUGAAGGAAUUGGUUGAAAUAAAUGAUUUAAAUUUUCAAAUGUUAACCGAACAAAUGCAAAUGGAAAGUGUACAAUUGUUGUUGCCCAAAUUCAAAAUUGAUUUCGAAUGCAGUUUAAGGCGGGUGAUGGAACAGGUAAGUGGACAAAGUCCCAAUUUUAAAAAUCUAUUAGCGGCCAAUACUAGCUCUACUGCUUUACCCUUUAGCGAUAUUUGGCAUAAGGCUAGUAUAGAGGUCAAUGAAUCGGGUUCGGAAGCCGCCAAAGUUGAAGCCCUCUAAACCAUUGUUAUAAGCAAUUCCAUAGACACACGACAAAAUUCUUUCGGGCCGAUCACCCUUCUUUUUUGUGCUAUACGCAAUAGAGAGGCCACAUUUUUCGUGGGACAUGUCAAGCAAUUUUAAAAACCCUUUUAAGGGUUAAGUUCAAUGUUGAACCCUUUUAAGGUACUUUUAGUUUUAAGUGACAAAACAAACCGGUGCUUCCCAUUUUCCCGCUUUUAAUUUGUUGUAAUAUUUAUUAUUUUGUUUUAAUUUAUCACCCUCUUACUGUUAAUAAUUUAUUAUAAUUAAUUGUUACAAAAAAGUUAAUAAAAACUGCAUUUUAAACUGGAUUUUUAUAAUGAAAAUGUGGAAAUUUGUAUUCUUUAAUAAUAAAAUUUAAGGUAACACAGUGCCAUUGACACUGUAUUAUCAUUUUACUUGCGUAUAUUUUAAUGAAUAUUAACGUCUACAGAACUA